GCUCCGCCUGCUGAGGUUCGCUCGAUGUGCUCUGCGCUCGGCUGCCGCCGCCUGGCCCGUGUGCUCGGCCGUUGCCCGCAGUCUCGCGGAGCCCGCGCUGGCGAACAUGGCGACGGAGGGGCUGCUGCUCACCAACCACGACCACCAGGUCCGGGUCGGGGUGUUGACAGUAAGUGAUAGCUGCUUCAGAAACCUUGCGGAAGAUAGAAGUGGAAUAAACCUUAAAGACCUGGUCCAAGAUCCUUCAUUGUUGGGAGGAACAGUAUCUGCAUACAAGAUAGUACCUGAUGAGGUUGAUGAAAUCAAGGAAACUCUCAUUGAAUGGUGCGAUGAUAAGGAAUUGAAUCUUAUUUUAACCACUGGGGGAACUGGAUUUGCCCCGAGAGAUGUAACUCCAGAGGCCACUAAAGAGGUUAUAGAAAGAGAGGCUCCUGGAAUGGCACUGGCUAUGCUAAUGGGUUCUUUGAAUGUCACUCCUCUGGGGAUGUUGUCCAGACCCGUAUGUGGAAUAAGGGGUAAAACUCUGAUUAUUAAUCUGCCCGGUAGCAAGAAAGGUUCACAGGAAUGCUUCCAGUUUAUAUUACCUGCCCUACCUCAUGCUAUCGACUUGUUGCGAGAUGCAGUUGUGAAAGUGAAAGAGGUUCAUGAUGAGUUGGAGGACCUUCCAUCACCUCCGCCACCACUGUCUCCUCCUCCUACCACCAGCCCACACAAACAGACAGAAGACAAAGGUGUUCAGUGUGAAGAUGAGGAGGAAGAGAAGAAAGACAGUGGAGUGGCUUCCACUGAAGAGAGUUCGUCCUCACAUAUCACUGCAGCAGCCAUAGCAGCUAAGUUGCCUGUGUUUUCCUGUCAUAGUGCUGAUAGUUGUGUUGUACAUCAGAACUUCCAACUUGUACACAGUCCCGCUCCUGUCAUGGCUAAAGGUGGUAAACCUGUCCCUGGUUUCAUUGGUCAUCACUCUCAUUCUGCCAUCAAUGCAGGAGAGCCGCAUUUGUUAUACUUUCAGAUCCCAGAUUCGAUAAUUUCUCGUGGUGUUCAAGUGCUUCCACGAGAUAAUGCAUCGCUGAGCACAACUCCGUCUGAAUCGCCACGAGCUCAAGCUACAUCGCGGCUGUCUACAGCUUCCUGCCCUACACCAAAAGUCCAGUCUCGUUGCAGCAGCAAGGAAAACAUCCUGAGAGCCAGCCACAGUGCAGUUGACAUCAGCAAGGUUGCACGACGACACCGCAUGUCUCCAUUUCCUUUAACGUCGAUGGACAAGGCAUUCAUCACAGUAUUGGAGAUGACCCCAGUUCUCAGCACUGAAAUUAUCAACUAUCGAGGAAGCUAUGGACUUGGAACCCAAGAUCCCACAUACAUCAAUGUGUUAAAUGUGAUUUUCCCAAAGACUAAUGAUGGUAUGGGUCGAGUUCUAGCACAGGAUGUAUUUGCAAAAGACAACCUGCCACCAUUUCCAGCGUCAGUGAAGGAUGGCUAUGCCGUAAGAGCUGCUGAUGGCCCCGGUGAUAGAUUCAUUAUUGGUGAAUCACAGGCAGGUGACCAGCCCACUCAGACAGUGAUGCCUGGACAGGUCAUGCGUGUAACAACAGGGGCUCCAAUACCCUGUGGAGCAGAUGCAGUUGUACAGGUUGAAGACACUGAGCUCAUCAGGGAAACAGAUGAUGGCACAGAGGAGCUAGAAGUGCGAAUUCUAACGCAGGCUCGUCCAGGUCAGGACAUCAGACCAAUAGGCCAUGACAUCAAGAGAGGAGAAUGUGUUCUGGCAAAAGGUACUCACAUGGGGCCUUCUGAAAUUGGCCUUCUAGCAACUGUCGGGGUUACUGAAGUUGAAGUCCACAAGUUUCCUGUGGUUGCAGUGAUGUCCACAGGAAAUGAGCUGCUGAACCCCGAGGACGAACUAACACCUGGGAAAAUUCGGGACAGCAAUCGAUCAACCCUUCUGGCAACAAUUCAGGAACAUGGAUACCCAACCAUCAACCUGGGAAUAGUGGGAGAUAACCCUGAUGAUCUGCUGAAUGCUCUCAACGAAGGCAUAAGUCGUGCUGAUAUCAUCAUUACGUCAGGAGGUGUAUCCAUGGGAGAAAAGGAUUACCUGAAGCAGGUGUUGGACAUUGACCUGCAUGCCCAGAUCCAUUUUGGCAGAGUCUUCAUGAAACCUGGCCUCCCAACAACCUUUGCAACUCUGGAUAUCGAUGGUAUCAGAAAAAUCAUCUUUGCACUGCCAGCGGGGGCGGUAGAGGCUGAUGGUGACAUAGGAUCUGAAGGCAAUCCAGUGUCAGCAGUUGUUACCUGCAAUCUAUUUGUAAUCCCUGCAUUGAGGAAAAUGCAAGGAAUCCUUGAUCCUCGACCCACCAUCAUCAAAGCCAGGUUGUCCUGUGAUGUAAAACUGGAUCCACGACCUGAAUAUCACCGCUGUAUUUUGACUUGGCACCACCAGGAACCAUUGCCCUGGGCACAGAGUACAGGGAAUCAGAUGAGUAGCCGUCUGAUGAGUAUGCGAAGUGCAAAUGGACUGUUGAUGCUACCUCCAAAGACAGAGCAGUACGUGGAGCUCCAUAAGGGUGAAGUGGUAGAUGUUAUGGUGAUUGGAAGACUAUGAUGUCACCACAAGAGGAGGGUUGGUGCAUGUCUACAUAUCAUUGACUCUAUCCUGUAAUGGAACGGCACCGUUAGUUUUAAAUGACUUGGAUAAAAUUGACCAAUGUUGUUGAGAUCUUGAAGUAAUUUCAAAAAGAAAUCAGAUAAAGUAAAUGAAACGGGAGAGAGAGAAAAGAAAUCCAUUGAAUCCAUUCUGUAUCAUAUCCAGGGCAAAGUUUCUCUUUCAUUACAGUUGCUUUGUGUGUUUAAUGCCAGGUCUAAUAGCAGUAGCUUUUGAUAGACAGCAGUAGGUGCCUGCUAAACUUGUGUUUUCUCAUCCUCAGAUACAGAUACUUAUGCUACUAGCAAGGCUGUCUGCUUACUUUAUACCAGCUUAGAUAAACACAGCUAUUAUCCUUAUUAGUACGCAACAUAAUUGCUUCACAAAGAGCUUUGCUUGUUCUUUAUCUUGUAUCUUGUGUUCAUGUGCUCAGUGCCAAAAGCAGAGUGGCUGGACUGGACUGGAUCGGUAUAUUACCCUUUCAGUGCCAUCGUCUGGGACAUUUCUCAGAAGCCACCUGUCUCAGCUGACCACCUAGUUGGACAGGAAUUGGAAAUCUUUCGUUUGAACAAAGAAAUUGCUUCCUUAAGUGCUGACAGCCUUUUUACCAAUUUAAAAAAAAAGUGUACAGUAAUACAAAGAUUGAUAUUGUACAGAUAAUAGUGUACCAGCAAAUCAUGUGGUAAUUCCUAGCAAUGAAAGACAUUUAACAACACUGUACCAUAACAUUUUCUGUAAUGAUAUUAAAUAUUAAUAAAAAUCUUUGAUCAUUGUUAAAAUUUA